CGAAUGUCUGGGAAAUUUAAAAAUAUUGACGAUCUAAUCAAUAUUAGCACCAUUUGAUAUGCUCGAAAAAAAUGAAAUCGCAUUUUUCUUAUCAAAUCACAAGUACAAGAUUAUUUACUAGUAUAAUAGAGAUACGUGCUGAAUAAUCUAAAAUAGUUGUUGUUUGUAAACAAAACAUGUAAGGUUAGGACAAUCGAAUCAUCUGAUUUGAUGACGAUCGUGUGCAAAUUUAUUUUGCACUCUUAUAGAAUUUGACCAAAGUAGCAUAAUGAUUCGAGCAUGUUCAAAGAAAGUGUCAUUUGCGCUGUGUGAAAAUUUAAAUCCUAAGAUAUCAAAACUUCAAGUGAGUACAAUGCCAAACCCAUUAGUUGCAGUGUGCCAAAUGACAUCCACCUCAGAUAAGGAUAAAAAUUUUGAGGCAGUUAGUAAGCUUGUAGCAGAAGCCAAAAGAAGAAAUGCUUGUAUUGCUUUUUUACCAGAAGCUUGUGAUUACUUAGCUGACAAUAAAGCUGAUGCAGUAGCUAUGGCUGAGCCUUUAGAUGGCAAUACAGUGCAACGAUAUAAAGAUUUAGCAUUGAAAGAAAACAUAUGGCUUUCUCUUGGUGGAGUUCAUGAAGCUCUUCCUGGAAAAGGAAAAACACAAAAUUCUCAUAUAAUCAUAAACAAUAAAGGUGAAUUAGUAUCAACAUAUAGGAAAAUCCAUCUAUUUGAUAUGGAAAAUAAAGAAACAGGUGUUCGAUUAAUGGAAUCAGAUUAUGUACAAAAAGGUAGUGAAAUAGUACCUCCUGUUCCAUCACCAGUAGGAAAUAUAGGCCUUAGUAUUUGUUAUGAUAUGCGCUUCCCCGAACUUUCAAUUUGUCUCAGAAAUAUGGGAGCUCAAAUAUUAACAUUCCCUUCUGCUUUCACAUAUCAAACUGGAGCUGCACACUGGGAAAUACUGCUAAGGGCCAGAGCAAUAGAAACUCAAUGCUACGUAGUUGCAGCUGCACAAGUAGGGACUCAUAAUAAGAAAAGAGUUAGCUGGGGUCACGCUAUGGAAAUAGAUCCAUGGGGAACAGUUAUAGCACAAUGUAUGGAAAAACAAGGAGUUGCUGUAGCUGAAAUAGAUUUAGAAAUAUUGAAGAAAGUCAGAAAAAAUAUGCCAAACGAGCAACAUCGAAGGACAGAUUUAUACCCUGAAAUGCUGCCAUUAGAUCAUUAAUUUUAAUUUUUUAA